AAGCAUGAUCCCAACAGUGGAAAAAAAAACCUCUCUAGCAAUACACACCAAACUGAGCAUGUGCAGAGUGUCUCCCCACAUCUUAUCAGGUGAUAGGAAGGUGACACUGGAAAAAGGGGAGGAUCAGAGAAGUCAGGAUCAAACCGCAUUUUUAAACAAUGCAGAGGAUUAACCCCUUAGGUUCUUCAGUGAGUAUAACAAGCAUGCUUUACUGCCAGGGCGGACUGACAGCUCAUGGGGCGCCCGGGCAAUAGGGGAUCAUGGGGCCCCUGUGUCCUUGCCCAAACUCAAAAAAGCCUAU